GGACUCUCACUUACGCCAUGCCUAUGUUUCCAGUACCUCGUCCCCGCCCAGACAAACACACCGCACGUAAGGCCUGGGAAGCCUCCUGGGCCGCCGACCUCGAGGCCUACUUCAAACCUGGAUUGCCACUGCACCGGUACCCCAGGCUGAUCUCGUCUGCAUCUAGGGAUGCGCUCGCUUUCUGUGCCGAGCCGCAGAACGUGCUUGAGGACGACAGUCGCGUCAAGGACAUCUGUGAUGUCGACAUCGACAUGGCGCGAUGCUUGAAUCCUCACGAUUGGCAAUCGUUCCAAGAUGGCUGGCGGCGCUUGUCUAGCAACAGGCGGGAGGAAAUCAUUCUCGAGGGGCUUUAUCACGCGUCGUGCAUCGGAUCCAACGAACAGUUUCGCGGCCAUUGUCCCGAGAUGACACUCAAGGAUCUGGCGAAGGACGGCGGACGAGAGCUUCUGCGGCUGUUGUCUCAUUGGUCGAACCUUCCGAACCUCACGCAUGCAACGCACCUGGGGCAUGUGUAUGUGCCUAACCCGAUAUUCGACCACAUCGUCAGCCUGUCAGACGCAGAGGCCGAAGCACCCGGUGCGAAAGCGACGGCGCGGAUGUGUCGCAUCAACAGAAUGCAGUUCAUGUCGAUGGCACUUUGGAACGUCUACCGGACUUAUCAAGGAAUCGAAGGGCCCUCGCACGAUACGCUGAACACGGCAACCAUAACGCCCGAAAACAAGAAGCAGCUCAAGGCACUUCUAGAUUCGCAAUACGGAAAGGGCUUCUUCAAGAAGUGGCGUGCGGAGAACAUCACCUCCGACCGUUCGCAGCUCGUUAACGCGUGCUGGUAUUGCAAAAAGGGCGAGAAUCAGCUCAAUGGCGAGCGCAUGAAGGGCUGUAGCAAGUGUGCCGCCCUCGGCAUCAAGAUUUACUAUUGUUCUAGGGAGUGCCAAGUUGCGGACUGGAAGAGCGGAGUGCCUCGACCACACAAGGUGCUAUGCGGCAAACGUGACCUCUAUCUGGAGUGAACGAACUUCUCGCUUGCGAUCUACGUCUGCGUGUAAUUGCGCCAUAUCUGCUUGCACGCUGUAUAUCUUCUUUGUGUAUCUCGGCUGAUUUAU